AUGAGCUCUACGCGCGUGCAGCGCAGCCACCAGGAGCGCGGAGACGGCGCCGUGCCGCUGUAUCCGCUGAUCCGGACGUCCAGAGCCUCGGGCAGCGCGCGCACGUCGCGGACAGGGCGCAGAGCCAAGCAGGAGCUGCCCGACGAGCAGAAGAAGGAGCUGCGCGAGGCGUUCGAGCUCUUCGACACGGACAAAGUGGGCUCCAUCGACUACCACGAGCUCAAGGUGCUGAUGCGCGCGCUGGGCUUCCAGGUGACCAAGCGCGAGGUGCUGGACCUCGUGGAGGACGUGGACGUGCAGCGCAGCGGCCACGUGGACUUCAACGACUACAUGGAGAUCAUGCGGCGGAAGGUGCUGGCACGAGAUCCGGACGAGGAGAUUGCGCGGGCGUUCGAGCUGUUUGAUGAAGACGGAUCAGGCACCAUCACACUGCGGGUGUGUGUGGCAAUUGAUAAAAUGCGUAGGGUGGCGAAGGAGCUGGGUGAGAACCUCGGCGACGACGAGCUGCAGGCUAUGAUCGACGAGUUCGAUCAGAACCAAGACGGCGAGAUCGACAUGGACGAGUUCUUCAUGAUCAUGAAGCAGUCCACAGAGUUCUAG